AAACUGCAUUUGUAUUAGAAACUUCUUUCUGUCGGAAAUGAAAUACAGUUUCAACCUUACGGUCUCUGGAAUCAUGUCAUAUGAAUACACAGUUGUGUAUCCCUGUAUCGUUGGCAUUUAACGCAUAUUUUUAAUUGGAUUUCAUUUGUGUCCUAAUACUAUGCCUUUGAACAUUGGUAAUAUUUUUGAAAACUUUAUAACACAAAUGCGUCAGGUUCGAUUAAAUAAGUCAGCAAUUAUUGUAAUGCUAUUUAUGGUGUGGACUAUGUUAUUGUCAGGAAUAGGUAAAGUUGAGUAUGGCAUGAACAAAAGUGAAAUGGCUGUAUGCCUGCGUCUUUUUGAACAGGAAUGGCGAAAUGGUCCUAUUGAUGAUACUGGUAUAACGGAUGACGCAAGUAAUGGUGAACAAGAAUAUAGAAAAUUACCAGAAAUGUCUAAGGAUAAACCGAAAAGAACGGAUACUUCAAAAGAUGUCCCGAAAAGCAUAGACUGCUCUGUUUGUAAUAAUAUGAAAGAUAGUGAAAGGAAAGAUAAUUCAGAUGAAAUUAAGAAAACUGACAACAAACCGAAAGAUACGCCUAAAGAGAAACAAUCUAAAGAGACAAAAGCAUCUGAUAAAAAAGCGGACGUAUCAUUGAAAACCGAACAUCAAGAUAAUCAGCAAAAUGAGAAAAAGGAACAAAACAAAAAAGAUAUAAGUGACUUACCUAAUAUAAGAUUAAAUCCAAAAACAGCGAAAUCGUUAAAGCCGAACGUGACGUCACACUUUAAUAAUAUUCUUCAUCGUACAAUGCAAAAGCCAUACCUUAUUGAAAAUCCCAAACUGUGUUCUUCUGUUAAAGGACUUAAAGUUCUUGUUAUAGUGCAUUCAGCAACGAAGCAUUUCGAGAAAAGGUUAGUGAUGCGGGAAACAUGGACUAACAAUUCGUACUAUCCGAAUUUAGGACCUAUCCGAACAAUGUUCCUAUUGGGCCGUGCGCCAAACCCUUACGUUAAAGCGAACAUUAAUCAAGAAUUCAAAAAGUACGGUGAUAUUCUACAGGGCGAUUUUGUCGAUUCCUACCACAACUUGACGUUGAAAGGCGUAACAGCCUAUAAAUGGGUGACAGAGAAGUGCAGGAACGCUCAAGUGAUACUCAAAAUAGAUGAUGACGUAAUCAUCAAUAUGUUUCAUUUUCUCACCCAGACUGUGCCAUUGAUUGUAUCGAAACCAAAACACAUUGCAUGCCGGCGUUCGGGGAUGGCUCGAGUCAAUCGGAACCCGAAUAACAAGUGGUUCGUGGCAAAAGAGCUAUUUGUUGGAGAAAAAACAUACCCUGAAUAUUGUGAGGGAUUUAUGGUAGCGUUUUCAAAUGAUCUUUUACCCAGUUUAUUCAAAUCAGCUAUGUUGACGCCAUUUUUCUGGAUAGAUGACGUAUACCUUUAUGGACUUGUUCCCAGAAAUAUACCGGGAGUACAUUAUACCAAUCUGACGUUUGAAAAUGAUGUUUUGUGGGGGAUAGACAAAAUAAAAGAGUGUUUAAAAAAGGAAACGAAAUGCAAUCAUUUUGUGUUUUUAUUAUUGAAACAUUCGUCACUUAAAGUAAGAAACAUGUGGGCACUAGUUCUAAAUCAGAAGACGAAACGAAAUUAAUCAACAGAUUAUCUCCUAAUAUAGGAAUAUAAACUGUAUGCAUAACAGUUGAAUGGGCAUUAUUUUAUUUAAAUAUAUACAAUGUAUUUUAUUUAAAAAAAAAUACAAUAACACAUAUUGAUAACACUUUACGAAUGCAUAAUACGAAUAAUAUUAAAGUGUAUAAAGCUGUAUACCUGUUUCCAAAAUCCUAAAUUAAUUUUGAAAAAUAAUACAUUCAAUAUGUAUCCUUAAAGGCCCAUUAUGCCUCAGAAAUUAGUUUUUUUUAUUCACAAAACCUUAAACAGUUAAAUGUUCAGUAUCUUGUUAAAGUUUCAAAUUAAUACUCAUUUGUCAUAUAGAUCAAAUAUCUUUGCUCCUUUUGGCAAUUGUUGGCAAUUUGUAUAAUUAUAGUGAACAGAAGUCAAAAUAUUCUUCUUUGUUUACAUUUUGAUACUUUUACGACACAUUACUGUGCAUUCAUAGAUUAUUUCUUUAGCUGUUAAACAUCUUAAAUGCUCUAGAUUAAUCCAUUAUAAAAACAUUAUUAAACACAUGUUUGACUUUUCUACUAGAGAAGUUAAUAAAUAUUAAUUUUUAAGGCAUAAUGUGCUUUUAAAAGCGAAUUGUCCAUGCACAAAAUUAUUGCUGAAUGGUUAAAACCCUACUUAAAAGGCAAGAUAAUAUUUUGUUCUGGAAACUUUUACGUACACUAUAAAUGUGUGUUAAAUAACAGUGACAUUCUAUGAUACAACUCUUCAUAGAACCAACCAUAAGAUUACCGAAACAGCAUAAUCUUUAUAGAAUAUUACAUUUAUAAUAUAUAGCUUUAUACCCUUUAACGGUCGUUUUGAAAAUAUGUUACCUCCAUAAACUUCAGUUAUAUCACGGCUGAUUUUUUUUAAUUACUAGUCGGAGAGCUGGGGUUAUAAAAAGUGUUUUUACUCAAUUCAAGGGAAGUAACUGCUGUAUAUAUGCUUGCAUUUAUUUUGUAAAGGUUGCGCCCCUUUGAUAAAAGAAUUGACAUGUUAGUUUUAAAAUCAUAAUUUCUUAUGUUUUUACUACUAAGGUAUGGAUUAAAAUACGAUGUAAAUGUUUUUGACUAUGUCACGUGAUACUAGAGUUAAUAUAUUAUGUUAAUUAUAAGUUUGCGAAGUUAAAUUACAUAUCUAUCAAAUGAAAUUAUAUAUUAUUAAAUUGUAGAAUUUA